GCUGAUGGAAGUUGGCCAGCUUACUAUGUUCGCUUGCUAUUGUGACUCGACUGUACACGUACCCGGCCAAGCUGCUCUUGCUCUGGCAGAGAUCGUUGGUUUUGCGGCCUCCAGCGGUUUGCAAAGUGUCUCAGUGGAAGUGGUGGCACAUCCGCUGCUCAAAGCUCUCAUCCUGAUCUUCUGUUCGGUGGUCUUGGAAAGCACUAUGAGGGAAGGAGUGGCCGCUCAGUUCCGAGGAGCAGAUGCGGAGUCCAUGGUCACCUCUUUUCGGACCAUGCUGAAGGGCUUAAGUGAUGCGGAGCUGUUGCUGGAUGAGUCCUUGCAAAUCACGGACGAUGAUCUGCUCCGUGGUUCCCUGGUGAUGGAAGAGAGCCUCAAGGGCCAGGUCUUCAGUAACCUUCUACUCCCGGACACAGAGGAGCAGGCUCAGCGUGUGGGCGCGGAUCUUUUUCACGUUCGCAUCCCGCACUUGCGUGGCUGCACAGAUGCAUUCCACCUUUUAGGCUUGAAGCUAGAUGCUGCGCUCUGGACAUUUUCAGAGGUGUGCAUGAAGGUGGAUGCAAGGGCGAAUCCUCCCAAAGUCGUUUCUGUGCAUUUCAACUACAGGUCCAACGGUGAAGUUGGUGAGGUGCUGACUCUGGGCAUGUGUGGAUUGAACUGA